CUACCUGCUCUCUCUCUUCCGGGGACAGGGUGGGCGCUGCGCUCCGCCUUCCCCGAGGAAUACUCUUGGUGCUACCUGUUGUGGAAGUGUGAGCCACGGCGCCGGCGCCUGCUCGCGCUUCCGGGGUCCUCUCGCCGCGGAGCCUCGGACGGCACCGCCCCCUUCCCGCGCGGCGUUGGUGCGGUCCGCCCCGGUCACGUGGGCGCCAAGAUGGCGGCCCCCAGAGCACGCUGCCAGCGUUGCGGCCCGUGAGGCGGCGGCGGCGGCGAACCGGCGGCGAGCCGUGCGUUUCCGGAGCGCGUUCGGCUGACCGGCGGCGGGGAGCACGGUUCUCGUGCCCGAGAGGAGCCAGAGGAAGGAGGCUGCACCAUGGUGACGGAGCAGGAGGUGGAGGCCAUCGGGAGGACGCUGGGCGACCCCCAGCAGCCCCUGCAGGCCCGCUUCCGGGCGCUCUUCACGCUCCGGGGGCUGGGCGGCCCGGACGCCAUCGCCUGGAUCAGCCGGGCCUUCAGCGAUGACUCCGCCCUGCUCAAGCACGAGCUGGCCUACUGCCUGGGCCAGAUGCAGGACCGCCGCGCCAUCCCCGUGCUGGUGGACGUGCUGCGCGACACCCGCCAGGAGCCCAUGGUGCGCCAUGAGGCCGGGGAGGCGUUGGGCGCCAUCGGGGACCCGGAAGUCCUGGAGGUCCUGAAGCAGUACUCCACCGACCCUGUGACCGAGGUGGCCGAGACGUGCCAGCUGGCUGUGUGCCGGCUGGAGUGGCUGCAGCAGCACGGCGAGGAGCCGGCCACGCCCGGGCCCUACCUCUCCGUGGACCCGGCCCCUCCGGCCAAGGAGCGCGACGUGGGGCGGCUGCGGGAGGCGCUCCUGGACGAAGCCCUGCCGCUGUUCGACCGCUACCGCGCCAUGUUCGCCCUCCGAGAUGCCGGUGGCGAGGAGGCGGCCCUGGCCCUGGCUGAGGGCCUCCGCUGCGGCAGCGCCCUCUUCCGCCACGAGAUCGGCUACGUCCUGGGCCAGCUGCAGCACGAGGCGGCCGUGCCCCCGCUGGCCGCCGCCCUGGCCCGGCGCACGGAGAGCCCCAUGGUGCGGCACGAGUGCGCCGAGGCCCUGGGCGCCAUCGCCCGCCCCCGCUGCCUGGCCGCCCUGCGGGCGCACGCCGCCGACCCCGAGCGCGUGGUGCGGGAGAGCUGCGAGGUGGCCCUGGACGUGUACGCGCACGAGCGCGGGCCGGCCUUCCAGUACGCCGACGCGCUGGAGCAGCUGCGCUCGCCGCCCCCCUAGAGGCCCUGCCCCAGGACUCGGAGUCAGCGGGGCUCGCUCCCGGCUCCCGGAACCUGCUCCCGCCGGAUCUCAGCCGCCUUUGCGUCUCGAUUGCUCCCAGGACCAGGCCGAGGUGUCUGCGGUCCCUGCCCCGGGCUGCCCUGUGCGGUGGGAUGUCAGCACGGGAGGGGGCUCUGGGGCGGGGGGCAGGGGUGAGGCAGUGCUCUGGGGAGGUUGCAUGCCCCGGUUUCUCCAGGAACGAGGGGGUGCAGAGAAAGGGAUGUGGGGAAAUCUGUGUUCAGGGUGGGCUGGGCCAGGGACUUGGGCCAGGUGACAAGCAGGCCCCAGGCCACUGCUUCUGUGGAAUAUUAAAUUAUUUUUGCCAAGCAAUUACUGUGUGUGUUGGGAGGCUGUGGGGCUCACGUUGGGUACUCUUACGGAACGUCUAAGUGGGGUGGGGCAUUUGGAGAACUCAGCUCUGCGAUCUGCCU